AUGAAGUUUACCACAUCCCUCUUCGCCAUCUUCUUGACCCUCGGUGUCGCCCAAGCCGCCCUCAACGGCCCCUGCAACAUCCCCGGCGUCGGUCCUGGUACCUGCCUCCACACCUCCACCUGCGCCAACGGCGGUGGCGGUUCUUUCUCUGGCUACUGCCCGAACGACCCCGCAGACGUCCGGUGCUGCUUCAAGCGCUGCCCCACAUCUCUUGGCAGUGGCAGAUGCCGCCCUGUUGCCUCGUGCCCCAGCGGCAGAACCCUCACAGGAUACUGCCCUGGACCCGCCACGGUUAGGUGCUGCUUGCCAUCAUAA